GAACACAGGCAUGCACAAGCAUGUGACAUAGGUAUCUGUGUUACGUAUACAUAUAUACAAGUGUAGUAGAUAGCUCAUAUACAUAUUACACAGAGUCGGAUGUUUAAAUAGCAAUUCAUGUAAAAAGAAGAGCACGACAUCGAGUUAUUAUCAUGUAGAUAGAUUAUAUAAUGCUCCCAAUCCAAUUAUUUAGUUUUAAUACAAUUUUAUCUCUACCUCUGUUUCUACUUUCGACGAGAUUGGCACUCAACAAUGACAGAUGAACGAAAUUUUCGUUCAUCAUAUUAUGAGAAAGUUGGUUUUCGUAGCGUCGAAGAGAAAAAGUCUUUGGAGAUAUUAUUGAAAGAACGACCGUUUGACAAAACAAAACUGAAGCAGUUUUGUUUAAGAUUUACUGUGCCUGCUAUGUACAGAAAUUUCUUAUGGAAAGUGUUACUUGAUGUUAUACCAGUUUAUGUGGAAAGUCAUGAAUUUAUAAUGACUCAACGUACAAUAGAAUUUCAAGACCUACAGAAAGCAUUAAAGAUUGCAAAAAUCAUAGAUGAUUGUACAAAACCUCAUCUAGUAUUUCUAGCAAUGUGGCUGCUGCGUACAAGAAGAGCAAAAGUUGACAUGACUGCUCAGUUGGAAUCGCCAUUACACAGAGCUAUGAGUAAAAUGGCUGAGACACUAUGGCAUGUGAUUGAUAUUGAAUCUGAACAAGAGAAACUAGUCGAUAUGUAUUGGAUAUUAUCUGGACUCUUUGUACAUGUGGAAAAGUUAAAAAAGGAAGUGGGCAAAUUACAAGAAUGUACAUAUACAUUGUUAGAAAGAGAUGAUGCUGAAUUAUAUAAGCAUCUUGUUAAAAUUGAUGCACUUUAUAAUCUCCCAUAUGAUUUAUGGUUUUAUUCGUGUUUUGCUGGCAUAAUAUGCGAUGGAUCUAUUGCUAAGAUAUGGGAUAAAAUAACAGUUGGUGCAUAUCGAAUUUUAGUAUUUGUUGCUGUGGUUACAUUAACCACUUUGAGACGGCUAUUAUUAAGGUGUGAAAAUAUAGACAAUGUAUUGGAUACUAUUAAUAAUAUAACAGAAGAAACAUCAGAGAUGAUAGUUAAUAAAGCAAUUGAAUCUAUGCAGCAAAGUGGGACAACACAACAAGUUGAUAUGUAUUUUACAAAACACAAUGUUUUUCAUGUGAGACUUUUAUUUAUCUUAAAAAUAAUCACUUUUUAUUAAUGCAUUCAUCGUACAUUAUACAUACAAUUAUUUAACUCACGAUAGAGUCAUGACUUAUUCUAAACUUUAUAUCCAUUCUUAAUAUUAUAAUCUUCCUGUUUUCUGCUUUGUAUUUAUAAUACAAUCGUGUAUAUUUACUCCACUGUAUGAGAACGAGUUUGUAAGUAAUUCUAAGGAAAUACGAACUGAAACUAUAGAACUGCAGUUGCACUGUUUAAUCUGUCCACAAUUUCUAUUUCAUUCUGUAAUACUUUACUGACAGCUAGAUUCUAGAAAACGCACGUAAUUUUGAUACAAUCGACAAAGAUCAUAAGCCAUGUACUUUUACCGUAUUGAUCGAAACCUUCAAUUCUAAUCAAUUUAUUUUUAACAAAUGUAUAAAUGAUUUAAAAUUAUAAAUAUAUAUAUAUAUAUCAAAAUACUUUUAUUCAUAAAGAUAAUAAAAUUAUUCAUUAAUUCAUUUAUGUAUCUUUGAACUUUUUCGAAAAAAUAUUAAAAUUUACAAGAUAUGAAAACAACUAAAGAUUUUUAAGUAGGAGUGCAUUGCAUAUUAUACGCGGGUAUCUACAGAAAUUUUUGGAUUAAUUGUUAUUUCUCAACUAAUUUAUGUUUGUUAUUAUUAAUCUCUCGUUAGUUUUAAUGGAGAUUAAUCGAUUUUAAGAAAACAAUGAUUUUAAGAUUCAAUUCAGUAUAAUAAUUAAAAUUGCUUUCGUCUUCUACAAGCUAUUUUGCAAUGAUUCAAUUUUCUUACGUAAAUAUACUAGAGUGUCUAUGAUAAUUUAAAUUAUUAAAAUCAAUGCCACUGCGAGAAAACAGAUGUUUCCUAAAGGUCUUGAUUCUUAUAAAAUAGAAAUAAAGUAUAAUAUAUACAAGACCCUAUUCUAUCAUACAACUUUGUCGUUUUAACAUCAAUGACUCCGAUUUUAACACGCAUAAUUUAAAAGUACUAUCAAUUUUCAAUUAAUGAUUAAUAAUACAGUUUUAUGACUCAUAGUAUUGACGUCUAUCAUUGCCUUAGAAUGAGACAAACUAUCACUUUAUAUAAUCUGCUCCUAAUGUGUUGAGGCCUUUCUCGUUAUAUUCAUAAUUUCUACGUAUUAAAAUAAAUACUUUGUGCAAAAAGAGACGGAUUACAUGAUCUACAAAUAUCAGCUAAAUUAUAUCAGGUGACUUACAAAAAGGAUAAGUAAUCACUAUAUCGCAUCUAUACAAAAA